AUGUGGACAUAUCAUUUACUGAGAGACAUUAAAGCAGGUACACAUGGGGAAAUCAGAAUCACUGAAUCAGAAUGUUGUCUUUUCUUCACAGGAUCUCUUCAGAACAGAGGGACUUUAGAUGGAAGUAAUGAGGGGAUCACCAGCAUCGAGUUUGACCCGACGGGAACGCGGAUUUUAGCUGCGUCAUAUGACAAGUCGGCUUUAUUUUGGAGGCUAGAGGACAGCGUUCCCAAGGUCACGUUGACGGGUCAUUCUCGUAAAGUGACCGCGGCCAGAUUUAAAUACAGUCAGAGGCAGGUGGUCACGGGCAGUGCAGACAGAACUGUGAAGAUAUGGGACCUCCAGCGAGCAGCGUGCAUACAGACCAUUGAGGUUUUGUCUUUCUGCAGCGACGUGGUGUGUUCAGAGUACCUUAUCAUCAGCAGCCAUUAUGACAAGAAAAUACGGUUUUGGGACAGCAGGGCAGCGACCUGCACACAGGAAGUGCCUCUUCAGGGCAGAGUGACAUCACUGGACCUUUGCCCGAACCACAGACAGCUGCUCAGCUGCUCCAGAGACAACAUCCUGCAGCUGGUGGACCUAAGAAAGAGCAACGACAGGGUGGCCUUCAGUCCGGAUGGCAGUUUCCUGGCAGCUGGAUCUGCAGAUGGUGCCGUGUACAUAUGGAAUGUAAACACAGGAAACCUGGAAAAACACCUUCCUGACAUGCACAGUGCUCCGAUAAGUGCCUUGGCCUGGUCUUUAUCAGGUGAAUAUGUGGUAAGCGUGGACAAGAGCCGUCGAGCCGUGCUGUGGAGUGAUAUCUGAGAGCAGACACCAGCUGCCUUCAUCCUAUCACGAAGUCUGCAGAUGCACUCUCUGGGAUGUCAUCAAAACACAGCCAUGUUGGGGAAAGCUCACGCUCUGCACUCCGUCAUUAGUAAGAGCCGUAGUGUUGUGAUGGUCGUUGUUGCUAAGAAGCCGUGUCAUUCAAAAGCCCAAACACAUGCUCUGAUGAUACAGGGGUCUGGCGACUGUCGAGCAGAGCUGGCUGGGUUUUGUUUUGAAACCUUGUUACAAAUGAAUUACUGAUGCAGAACGUGGCGAAGCAUUUGUAGGCUUUCCUGCCUCUUGAUGACUUGCUAUAAUUGUCAGCAAACGUGGAGAUCUGAGGUCGCUUGACGCACACCAGAUAUUUCUGCCUCUGGGAUUUGAUAUCAAAGGGAAACGUGGACAAAACGGGAGCAGUGUAUUUAAAAAAAAUACACCACAACACAUUUGUGAAUACAUGGAAACUCAGCCCCAGCAUGUUCACAUGUCAGACCUAUUUUUAGAGACCAAAAUAGAGAGCAGACACAUCGUUUUGAAUGCUUGACCAGAGCCCAUUGUAUGUUGUCGCACAAUGACAUUGAAUCUCGAAUGCAGUACAAACGUGAUGAAUAUUUUAGAUAGAAAUAUAUAAAUAUACACACCACCAUUCCAAACUUUGGGGUCAGAACAUUUAUUAUUAUUAUUAUUAUUUUAUUUACAUUCAGCAUGGACACGGUAAAUGGGUACAGCAAAAAAAAGAUAUUGGUAAACAUUAUUUAAAUCAUUUUCUU